CUUUUAUUAUAAAGAAACAAAAAAGUACAAUGUAAAACCCCUGUGUCCUCCAACAGUGUGACUGUGCGUGGUGGGCAGACGCUCUGAUGAUAUCGUUGGUGUUACCUCCUUCCUUUCCUUGUUCCUACCAAACAUCUAUCGUUCUUAUCUCUGCUGUUUUUCUUUUGUGGUAGUAAAUUGUAGGUUGCUACUCUCUCGGUGCACUUCUUCUAAUCUUCGAAACUUAUACGUUACACGACAAAAUUUGUUGCAAAUGCCGUAAAACUCUUUCUUAAACUAUACUAUAUAAAACAUCGUGUCUGGGUGUUUUACAUAUUUACAAGUCAGAAAAAAGCGUCUUCUAAAUUUUUCAAGACUCACCAUGAGAUCUUGAAACAUCUAAUCAACUGAACACACACCACAAGACCCGAUCCCUGCACCUAAACGCACCACGCCUGUCCGGAAUUAAACAAUAGAACAAACUACUCUGAUCCUCCUCACCUAGCCUACCACUCCACAUGGCUUUCCCAAGUCCCACAAAACCCGAUAUAAUCAAUUUCUCUCGUCCUCCUCCCUUGGGUAAGAACGGAAAAGGCAUCUUCUCUCGUCACGUAGAUGGCAAAAAUGAGGUGAGAGGGGAGGAGGAGAGGAAGAAAAUCGGUGCAGAUGUUCUGCUUGGAAUGGUAGAAGGAGCUCUUAGGAGAAUGGAGAGGGAACAUGGUUCCACCUUGCAGGACAUCCGGCGACACCUGGUGUCCGGUCAGCUCAUCCAUCAGCGCACCGACAUCCGGCCGGCCGUCAUCCUGGGCCUGAGGAAAGGGCGGGUAGUCCGCGCCGCUGGGGCGGUGGAGGCCGGGCUGUUGGGACGUUACGAGGUCAGAGAGGUGAGGGGAGGGCAGGUCAAGGUCAAGCCUCAGUGGAAGGCCAAGGUCAGGGGGAGACGAGCGGGGGCAACCUGCAGGAGCAGGGACCCGCGGAGCAAGAGGAAAUAGACCUCUACUUGAAGUAAGAAAUACUCGUCGUAUUGAUUCAAGCGCCGUGUUCACCUGAAUUGGCAUGUCCAGUAACCUACCGUCAUCUUUCUCUUUCUAACAUUCAGAAACAUCAGGUUUUUGAGGUGCAGAAAUAUUGAUUUAUUGAAAUUUGGAGUAAACGACAUGUGUAAUAAUAAAUGAAUACCAAAGGAA